AUGGCACACACAAGCACAAGAGUCACCGAAUUUUACUCUUCGCGUAAAAGAUCUGUAGUGCAGCAAUGUUCGAAGCGCAGGAAAGUCCAGAGGUCGGAAAAUGUUCCCGAAGCAUCAGAGAAAGAGGUAGAUGUGUCGCGCGCUAGACCUCUCGCGUUGUUCUUCGGGGGCCCCUCCGGACUUGAAGAAGAGUGUGACCCCGCAGCGAGUGUCAUCCUGGUGGAAGACACGCCGCCGGAAAAACAGUCUACUACCCGGAAAACUCAGUUCGUAGAUCGGAAGACGCCCACCAACAGAGGGUCAGACAAGAGCACCACCUCAGAAACUCUCCGGAAAAGGAAGAAGAUGGCUUCAACUACCACUGAGGCCACACUGUUUGACUGUAUGAAGGAAGGAACUCCGAAAAAGGGUUUCACGUUCAAGUUGGAUGAGUCGAGUGGAGAGGAGGAACAGAAGUGCACUAGGGUGCCAGCCAGGAGGAAAUUGGCGAUGAAGACCUCCAAAGACAGAUCGGAAGACAGGAACAUCAGCACCCUGCACGCCCACCAAGAGAGGGUCAGACAAGAGCACCACCUCAGAAACUCUCCGGAAAAGGAAGAAGAUGGCUUCAACUACCACUGA